UGCCCAGAAUCGCUUUCCCUGCCAAGGCCCUCGCUCCAGGGUGGCCGAGGCUCGGAGGAUUUGCGUGCUUUGGCUUAACCCUCCUGGGCACGGCGAGGCAGCGGCGGGACCCAGCUCGGAGCUACCGCGGGGAUGCACCCGGCUUUUCCUGCUGAGCCGGGCUCUCCUUUUAGCGUGGAAAAACCAACAACAGCUGAAAAACGACCGUGGCCACACCCCGGCGUUGGAGGAGCAGGCUUGAAUUCGCCCCCCCGGGCGGCAGACGCGGCCGGCGGCCGGGCGGACGCUGCUGCACAAGCGUUAAUGCCCGCGGCCGCCGCUCGGGGCGGGUAAGCGGGGCGCGGAGGUUAGCGGGGCGCGGAGGCAUGGCCGGGGGCUGCUGGGCAAAGGCGCAGGGAGCGGGGAUGCUGCUGGCUGUCCUCGGGUGGAUCAGCUCCUGCGUCACCACCUUCGUGCCGCUCUGGAAGAACCUGAACCUGGAGCUGAACGAGCUGGAGGUCUGGAACAUGGGGCUCUGGCAGGUCUGCAUCACCCAGGAGGAGGGGGUGGUUGAAUGCCAAGCCCACGGCUCCUUCCUGGCGCUGCCCCCCGAGCUGCGCAUCUCUCGCCUCCUGAUGUGCCUGUCCAACGGGCUGGGGCUGCUGGGCUGUCUCCUCGCCGCCCUGGGGCUGGAGGGCUGGAGAACCUGCGAGGACAAACCUGGGCGAAAGCGGCAGCUCCUGCUUGGCGGGGGAGCGGCGCUGGGCAUGGCGGGGAUCACCACGCUGGUGCCAGUCUCCUGGGUCGCCUACAACACCGUCCUCGACUUCUGGGACGAGACCGUCCCCGACAUCGUCCCCAGGUGGGAGUUCGGGGAGGCCACCUUCCUGGGGUGGUUUGCUGGAGCCUUCCUGGCCGCUGGAGGACUGCUCCUUGCCUGCAGCGCCCGCUCCACCAGCAGCGCCACGCCGCUGGCCCCCGCCGGCCGCCAGGCCCCCGCUGCACGAGGCCUGCCUGGGGGCCACCCCCUGCACCCCAAAAACGCAGACUUGGUCAUCUAGGGCCUCAGGGUGCUGUGCCCUGUGCGCCUCGUGGCUCUUCCCCUGGCAGGGAGGGCUCCUGCUUGUUUCACAGGAUGAUUUGCUAAUUGCUACGGCAGCUCUGCGGGUUUCUCUCCUUCCUCUGCGUGUCUGCUUCACUUUUUCUCUGUUAAGGAGCAGCAGAUUUCCCUGCAGCACUCACCAAGCAAGUGUGGGAAGGCAAGAAGCAGCAGGCAGCACUUUGUACUGCUGGUGACACCUUGGUACCAUCACUGAUGGGUGACACUGUGUUGGCAUCCCUGGCGAGUCCCCCACAGCCAAGUCUGUCGUGGCUAAUGCUGCGCCCCAGUGCAGCAGCUCUGUCCUUGCAUGUCUGCGUUGCUCUGAUGUAUUUGCAAUAAAUUAUCUUGUCCG